AUGGCCUCUACUCGUCCCGAAGUCUUCAUUGCGGCCGUCGCCCGUACCCCCCUCGGAUCUUUCCAGGGUUCUCUUUCCAGCUUGACCGCCGUUCAGCUCGGUUCGCACGCCAUUAAGUCCGCCAUUGCUCGCUCUGGCAUUGAGGCUUCCGCCGUCGAGGAGUGUUUCUUCGGUAAUGUUCUUUCCGCCAACAACGGUCAGAACCCCGCUCGUCAGUGCGCUCUCGGAGCUGGUCUCCCUGACACCACUGUCUGCACCACCGUCAACAAGGUUUGCGCCUCCGGUUUGAAGGCCAUUAUCUGUGGUGCUCAGUCUAUUAUGACUGGUGACGCCGACAUUGUCGUCGCUGGUGGUACCGAGUCCAUGUCCAACACUCCUUACUACGUUCCUUCCGCUCGCGGUGGUGCCAAGUACGGCCACCAGCAGUUCAUUGACGGUAUCGUCCGUGACGGUCUUACCGACGCCUACGAUGGCGAGUCUAUGGGUAUCGCCGCCGAGCUCUGCGCUUCUGACUACGAGAUCACCCGUGAGAUGCAGGACGACUACGCCGUCAAGACCUACAAGCGCGCCCAGGAGUCCACCGAAAAGGGUUACUUCAAGGAGAUUGCUGAGAUCGAGGUUUCAGGUGGCCGUGGUAAGCCCAACAAGGUCAUCUCUCAGGAUGAGGAGGCCAACAACUUGAACGAGCAGAAGCUCCGUUCUGUUCGCCCUGUCUUCAAGAAGGACGGUUCCGUUACCGCCGCCAACGCUUCUCCCAUCUCUGACGGUGCCGCUGCCGUUGUCCUUAUCUCCGCUGCUAAGGCCAAGGAGCUCGGCAUCAAGCCCAUUGCUAAGAUCCUCGGCUGGGGUGAGGCUGCCCAGAAGCCCUGCCACUUCACCACCGCUCCCGCUUUGGCCAUCCCCAAGGCUUUGAAGCACGCCGGUGUCGAGGCUUCCCAGGUCGACUACUACGAGAUCAACGAGGCUUUCUCUGUCGUUGCUCUCGCCAACUUGAAGUUGCUUAACUUGACCCCCGAGAACGUUAACGUCUUCGGUGGUGCCGCUGCUAUGGGUCACCCUCUUGGAUGCUCUGGUGCUCGUAUCGUUGCUACUUUGACAUCCGUUCUCGAGCAGAAGGAUGGUAAGAUUGGUGUUGUCGGUAUCUGCAACGGUGGUGGUGGUGCUUCCGCUGCUGUCAUUGAGAGGUGUUAA